CAAAAUGGCAUUCUCACGCCACAACUGUCCAGGCCGCCGAGGAAUUUGGCAUGGCUACAAGCGCGACUUCAAUAUGCGCGGACCGAAUCCGACUGGACACUCGCAAUGAUGUACUAUCAGCGCUGGUACGACUUCCCUGAAUAUGCGCCCUUCGCCCAGGGCCUCGAGCAGCCUUGUCCUGGAUACACCCAAGGAUUCUCGUUUGAAGCCUACAGAGCCGUUGAUAUUGAGUGUCUAGGUUCGGCCGUGUGUUAUAACAGCAUCUUGUCCGGUGUUCCAUCGCUUACUCUCCCUCACAUGACCGGUGAGUUUGCAGUGGGAGCUUUGGAAGCCGAAGAGGCGACGGAUGCGCGACAUGGCGCGGCACUUGUUUACAUGAGAAACGAAAUUCUUUUGCACGCCAAGAUUAGAAAAGACCCGGAGGAUGUGGCGGCAAUUGUAACUUUUAUCACGGAUGGACUGUCUAUUCGCUUCUACGCACACUAUGAAUCCAAAUCUCCCAGCGGCAUGGUAGAAUAUCACCAAUAUCCUAUUCUAGCAGUGAAUUUGGUGGGGUCGUAUGAAGAAUUUCUUCGAGGUGUUGCCAUGCUACGAAACUGUCAAGACAUUGCUUUUGUUUUGGCUAGUAAUCUUAAGAAUGCCCUUGAACGGUAC